AUGGAUGAAGAAAUAGGAAAUUCGAUAAAUUCAAAGGAUAAUUCUGAAUUGGAAGAGAUCAAGAAUUCCCUCAAUUCACUCCACUCUUUUCUUCAGAAUCAACACCGAUCUGAUAUAGCCCAAGUCAAAGAUGAUGCCUUGUCUGAUAUGGAAAAUCAAUUAGAAGAAGAGACAAACUAUUCAGACCCCUUUCCCGUGUUUAACAUAGAUAGUUUCACUCAAGCCUAUGACAUUGCUGUGAAAUCACGCACUGGAAAGGAAAAGUUCAAUAUCCGACAAGCACUCACUGGCAACCGUAAAGCAAAGUCAAAUUUUUACGGAAAAAUAAAUAUGGUUUACGGAAAGUUAAUGGAGAAAGCAGAUUCUUUGGGUGAACUUAUCCGAAAAUUAAAAAGUCAAGUAGCUGAAAUUGCGACAGCCAUCAAAAGCGAAAGAGGACGUCUUCCCGGGAGAAAUGAUUUAAACCCGAGACGUCAAGUCAGUGCCGUAAUGUUGCAUAGCGGAAAACGUCUCGCAACAAACAUGAAGAGCAACACCGAAAUUGGCAAUUCUGCCAAUGCUGAUGAAACAGGCAAGAGCGAUUCUCAGCCUAUACUUCUUGAUGACCCUGACCCAAAACCUUCUCGCGAAAAUGGGAAGUCUACCGCUGAGAUUAAUAAGGAAAAAACUAUAGACUUAGAAGUAGAAGAAGAUUCGGAAAUUGAGGCCGAAAUCGAUCGACAGUAUGGCACCCACGUCGAUCGACCAGUGGAUCCUGUCGUCGAUCAACAUCCGAGUAACCCUAUCGAUCGACGUCCCACUCGGCCCGGACCAACGAUUGAGGGAGUCUAUAGAACCCUACCCCCUUAUCCUCCAAAAACGCAGACUAAGAAAUCAUUAGAAUAUGCGAUCUGCGAGAAAGCAUUGGAUAAAAUUACUGUGGAGAUGUCCCUUAGUGACGCUAUGAAAAUAGCACCUUCGAUAAAGAAGUAUGUGAAGGAUAUGACGUCUCCAAAUUAUCCAACAGCUGAACAUAGCGUGAUGAUGGUGUCAGAGGAAGUAAGCGCCAUGAUUCAAGGAGAAACUCCAGCUAAGAGACGUGAUCCUGAUAUUUUCGUCCUAGAUUGCAAUAUACAUAACACGCGCUUUCCUCGAUCACUAUGUGAUCUUGGCUCUAGCGUAAAUCUUAUGCCUUACUCCGUUGCAGUAACCUUGGCAUAUAACGACUUUAUGACAACUCCGAUAACCUUGGUUCUAGCUGAUCGAUCUAUCAGGGUACCUGAAGGAAUACUCGAAGAUGUUCCCACAGGAACCAAAAGACAACCAAAAGACCCCCUCAUUCUGGGGCGGCCAUUCCUAGCUACAGCUGGAGCGAUCAUUGAUGUGAAACAAGGACGGAUAAAUUUGAACAUCGGGGACAUCUCGAUGAUCUUUGAUAUGGAAAAGCUAAUCAAGCAACCCUUGAUAGAUGACCAAGCCUUUAUGUGGAAGAAUUUCUGA